CUGUGAUAAAACACCAUGACCAAAACAAUUUACAGAAAACAGUUUAUUUGCAUUUAUAGUUCCAGAGGGUCCUGUCUUGAACUGCAAGCAGGAAAUUGAGCCAACUCUCAAAGAUGCCUCCAGUACUCUCAAACAAGGCCAUACUCCUAAACCUCCCUAAACACUGCCAUAAAUUGGGAACCAAAACUCCUAACGCCUGAGCCUACGUGGGGCCUUUCAUUCGAGUCACCACAACCUUGGGUAUUUUUGUUUGCUUUGAGAUAGGGUCUCAAAACCUGAACAUCUUCCAAUAUAAAUGACUACACCAUGAUUGACUUGUCAAGUCCCACCUAUUGAGUAUGUGACCCUGCUUGCACGGCAGUUCCAAGGUCUGCUGGAAUUCAGUGCCACAACCUAGUACAAUUAAAGAACUGCCCAAAGUGUAUCACAGUUAGGGAGAUGUGCCCAGCACUCCUCAUCAGUGUGCAUGCACCAGCCCUGGAUAGGCGGUUUGGUAGCAAACUGGUCAUCUCUCAUCACAGAUAGAGGAUACACUCACCAGCCCUGGAUAGGCGGUUUGGUAGCAAACUGGUCAUCUCUCAUCACAGAUAGAGGAUACACUAAGUUGUUCAAGGAACAUAUUUUGAGCUGCCCAGUACAUACAAGAACCCUGCUAAAUUCUGAACACAAAAAGAGGGGUAAGUUAGUCUCCUUGAAAGGGGUUUGAAAUUAUAAAAGAGACACACAAAAUACACCAGCACAUUGAGAUGAGGUGAUAAGACAAACACGGAAGGACUUCUGUGAAAAGUAUGAUCUGCUCUGUUCAGAGAGUGGAGUUCUUUCGUCAAAUAAGUAGAGAAAGGUGGUAAGCAGUCUACACAGGGAGAAUACAAGACUUAAGAAAUGAUAUCCAGGGCUGGAGAGAUGGCUCAGCGGUUAAAAGAGCACUGACUGCUCUUCCAGAGGUCCUGAGUUCAAUUCCCAGCAACCACAUGGUGGCUCACAACCAUCUGUAAUGGGGAUCUGAUGCCCUCUUCUGCUUUGUCUGAAUUAGGGUUAGCAUUAGGAUGUGGCUCUGUAAGGCAUCGUGUUAAGCUAUUUUCUACUUUACAUUGUCAUGUCAAAGUUGGUUAUACAUAAAAAUCAGAGCUUGUCCAAAAAAAAAAAAAAAAAAAAAAAAAUUGGGAGGAGAGAUGACUCAGUGGUUAAGAGAACUUUGUGCUUGCUCUUUCAAAGGUCCCGAGUUUAGUUCCUAGCAUCCACACUCAGCAACAUGUAACUCACUCUAAUUCACUUUACAGAGGAACCAACAUCCUCUUCUGACCUACUUGGGCACCCCCACCUAAGUGGCAUACACACAACAUUUUUUUUUAAAGCUAGAUAUCUAUGAAAAGGGAGAAAUAAAAACAAAUGAAGCACAGUGGUUCACCCUUAUAACCCUUGCUGAGGCAAGAGGAUCACUGUUUGAGGGCAGAUGAGGCUGUAGAAACCUGGCUCAAUAAAACCACAAAACCUGAUGCUCGGCACCUUCUCCUCCCGUUCAACAAUCCUUUCAGUAGCGGUUUGAAAAAUGGUCCCCAGGGGUGGGGGUGGGGAUGGUCGUGAUGGAUAGGAGACUAGCAAGAUGGUUGACAUGAAAGAGGGCCUCUACAUCAAGAAAAUGAUGGAAAGCAAAUAUGGAAAGAUAAUCGGAAACAAACCAAAGGAGCUUGCAUUUGAGAGGUACUAACAGAAGCUUUGAUUUCUGGCUUCACUAGGUAGGUCAUCAGAAGGAAGCAUCUUAAGUUAUUCCUACCCACAAAUCUCAGUCAGGCCUGCCUCAGUAAUGCAAGUCUUGCACACUUACAGUCCCAGCUACUCACGCAGCCGAGGCAGGAAUAUUGCUUCAGCUGGAGUUCCAAGGCCAGUCGGGCAACGCGGCAAGACACUGUCUCGGUAAGAGCAAAGGGGACAAAACAAAAGCUACUGUGUCUGACUCAACGCCAACUUCCUAGAAUCUCACUGUUUCAGGACAGUGGGUGACCGGGAAAAAACAGUCGUAGGAGUGCGGAAAAGAAUGGCUGCUUGUGAUUUCCCUCAGUACUUGCUUCCGCCAGGUUAGAAAACUUUAAGUCAGCUUCCUCCCGUUUGCUUCCAUGUGGCCAAGUGAAAGUGGCCACUGUUUGGAGGGAAUCCUCGAGAACAGAGCCUCUUCAGAAUGGCUGAGCCAGACAAAAGUAAACGUUUUCAACCUGCAAAACUAGGGAGAAGCCCAAAUGUCCCACAGACACACUUGCGAACAAAAUGACGGAAAUGAGGUACGGUGGUGUGUACCUGUAAGCGCUGAAAACUCUGAAGGCGGAGACUCAAAAGACCCCCGAGUUCGAGGUCUGCAGGGAUUCCAGAUUUAAAAACAAAACAAAAACCUACUUCCGAUCAAAAACCGCUAUGUCAACCCGCACAACUCGCGGGGUGAAAUGGCAAACUGUAGGUGCACCUCGCCCAGCUCCCACAUGCUUGUUGCCAACAAUGACCGGUGUGUGCCUCCAGAAAGCCUCGGAGGGGAACCUUUACCUAGGUGUUUGAGGCCACAGGUCCCUGGCGUGGGAACCCACAUAAAGCCCCGCCCUGCUCAGGUUAGGGGCAACUUUCCGCGUCAAGCGUUCCUCAGCAGCCGGGGGCGGGUCCCGUCUUUACCCGGCCCGGCUCCCGCUCCCCGGCCGUCUCUCUCCAACCUACGGAGGGCAGCCCAGCCUGCGCGAGACCCUGUGGGAAGCUGCCCGCGACACGCUCAGAAGAGGAGCCUUCCUUCCCGCCUUCCCUGAGCUGAGGUCCCCGUCCGCGAAGGCGGAAGUGGUUCUGCUGCCUUAAGGAUGACAGUCCUAGGGCACCCUCGAAGUUGGAGCUGCCAUUGUUUGCCAGUCCUGAUACUGUUGCUGGGCAUAGGCCACGGGCCACGGGUGGAAGGUGUCACACACUACAAGCCCGGCGACCCUGUCAUUCUAUAUGUCAACAAAGUGGGACCCUACCAUAACCCUCAGGAAACUUACCACUACUACCAGCUUCCAGUCUGCUGUCCGGAGAAGAUCCGACACAAAAGUCUUAGUUUGGGUGAAGUACUGGAUGGGGACCGAAUGGCCGAAUCUUUGUACGAGAUCCGCUUUCGGGAGAAUGUGGAGAAGAGAAUUCUGUGCCACAUGCAGCUCAGUUCUGCGCAGGUGGAGCAGCUGCGCCAGGCCAUUGAGGAAUUGUAUUACUUUGAGUUUGUGGUAGAUGACUUGCCAAUCCGUGGUUUUGUGGGCUACAUGGAAGAGAGUGGCUUCCUGCCGCACAGCCACAAGAUAGGCCUCUGGACACAUUUGGACUUCCACCUAGAAUUCCAUGGAGAUCGAAUUAUAUUUGCCAAUGUUUCAGUUCGGGAUGUCAAGCCCCAUAGCUUGGAUGGGCUACGGUCUGACGAAUUACUGGGCCUUACUCACACUUACAGUGUACGCUGGUCUGAGACGUCAGUGGAGCAUCGGAGUGAUAGGCGCCGAGCUGAUGAUGGUGGUUUCUUUCCUCGAACCCUGGAAAUCCAUUGGUUGUCCAUCAUCAACUCCAUGGUGCUUGUGUUUUUACUGGUGGGUUUUGUGGCUGUUAUUCUAAUGCGUGUGCUUCGAAAUGACCUGGCUCGGUACAACCUAGAUGAAGAGACCAGCUCUGGAGGCUCUAGUGAUGACUUUGACCAGGGUGAUAAUGGCUGGAAAAUUAUCCAUACAGAUGUCUUCCGCUUCCCUCCAUGUCGUGGUCUACUCUGUGCUGUGCUUGGUGUGGGCGCCCAGUUCCUGGCCCUUGGCACUGGCAUCAUUGUCAUGGCGUUGCUGGGCAUGUUCAAUGUACACCGUCAUGGAGCCAUUAACUCAGCAGCAAUCUUGUUGUAUGCCCUGACCUGCUGCAUCUCUGGCUACGUGUCCAGCCACUUCUACCGGCAAAUCGGAGGCGAGCGAUGGGUAUGGAACAUCAUUCUCACCACCAGUCUCUUCUCUGUGCCUUUCUUCCUGACCUGGAGUGUGGUGAACUCAGUGCACUGGGCCAACGGUUCGACACAGGCUCUACCGGUUACAACCAUCCUGCUGCUUCUGACAGUUUGGCUGCUGGUAGGCUUUCCUCUCACUGUCAUUGGAGGCAUCUUCGGGAAGAACAACGCUAGUCCUUUUGAUGCACCUUGUCGCACGAAGAAUAUCGCCCGGGAGAUCCCACCCCAACCCUGGUACAAGUCUACGGUCAUCCACAUGACUGUUGGUGGCUUCCUGCCUUUCAGUGCCAUCUCUGUGGAGCUGUACUACAUCUUUGCCACCGUCUGGGGCCGAGAGCAGUACACGCUGUACGGCAUCCUCUUCUUUGUCUUCGCCAUCCUGCUGAGCGUGGGGGCCUGCAUCUCCAUUGCGCUCACCUACUUCCAGCUGUCUGGGGAAGAUUACCGCUGGUGGUGGCGAUCUGUGCUAAGCGUUGGCUCCACUGGCCUCUUCAUCUUCCUCUACUCAGUUUUCUACUAUGCUCGGCGGUCCAACAUGUCAGGGGCAGUACAGACAGUAGAGUUCUUUGGCUACUCUUUACUGACUGGUUAUGUCUUCUUCCUCAUGCUGGGCACCAUCUCCUUUUUUAGUUCCUUAAAGUUCAUCCGUUAUAUCUAUGUUAACCUCAAGAUGGACUGAGUUCUGCGUGACAGAACUACGGCUCUUCUCCUGCUCUCAUCAUGCCCCAUUGAUUUCACUGGAUAGCUUCUCUUCUGACCGAAUUGUGUGAUGGCAUUGUCGCCUUCCUUCCCUCUUUACCCCUUGGACCUCCCUUCUUUGGGGAGGACCUGGAAAUUAAAAAUCUCUAUUAUAUAAGAAAUAUAUAUAUUUGAACUUUUUAAGUUGCCUUAUGUUUUGGUCCUGAUUUUUUUUUCUUUUUACAAUUAUUAAAAUAAAAUUUAUUAAGAAAAAGGA